CUCCGGCUGCUCGCGGUCUUCGACGAACCGCAGGCGACGCACCUCCUCACGGACUGCCUCGAGGGCGGCGAGCUCUUCGACCGAAUCGUCGCGCGCGAGCCGCCGCCGACGGAGGCCGAGGCGCGCGACGCCGUGGGCCAGGUCGCCGCCGCGCUCGCGGCCGCGCACGCCCUCGGCGUCGUGCACCGGGACGUCAAGGCCGAGAACCUCAUCUACGCCGACGCGGCGGCGACGCGCCUCGUCGUCUGCGACUGGGGCCUCGCCGAGGUGAUCCCCGCGCGCGCGCCGCGGCGGUGCCUCACGCGGUGCUGCGGCUCGCCGCUCUACGUCGCGCCCGAGGUGCUCGCGUGCGGCCGCGACAAGUCGACGCCCUACGGCGCCGAGGUCGACGCGUGGUCGCUGGGCGUCGUCGCGUACAUCUGCCUCUGCGGCUACCCGCCCUUCUACGGCGACGAGCGGGCCGAGCUCGAGGCCGCGAUCUCGCGGGGCGACUACGCCUUCGAGGCCCCGGACUGGGACCACGCGAGCGCCGAGGGCCGCGCCUUCGUCGCGGCGCUGCUGCGCGUGGACCGCGACGCGCGGAUGACCUGCGCCGACGCGCGGGGCCACGCGUUCCUCGCGGGC